ACCAGUCCUGCCUUACUUAACCGUUCUCACUUCUUCCUCGCUCCUUCUCAGUGGCAGCUGGCUGUUUUCUGUAAUGCUCACCGCUUGACUUUGUGGAACUAUGUUUUUAAAUAGUUUGUGUGUUUUUCUGUUACUCGAUGCGGCGUUGACUAGCUACUCUGCAGCCGGGGAUUUCACAAAAGCUACAGUGUACUGGGACGUCCAACAAAAGACGGUCUUGCUGAAAGAUGGGGUCCUAGAUAUAAAUGGGGACGCAUAUGGCUUCUUGAAUGACACCUUGUCCAGUACAGGCUGGAGUGUUCUUGAGAUCCGAGCUGGAUACGGAGAAACGUCAGAGGCUGACGAGGUCACCUUUUUCCUGGCGGGGUACCUAGAGGGCUUUCUCACUGCGCAACAGAUGAUAGAUCACUACACUAACAUAUACCCUCGGCUCAUCCAUGAUCCCGAUAUCCUGGGUCGGGUCCAGAACUUCAUGAAGCAGCAGGACUCUUGGACCAGACUACAAGUGAAAACGAACAAGGAUUCUGAUCCUCUGUGGAGACAUGCAGGCUUCGUUGUGGCCCAGGUGGACGGUCUGCAAGCUGGAGUUGCAGAAUGGGCCAAGAGACAAGGAAAAAAGCCAUUGUCCCUGUUUGCUGUUCAGUUCCUGAACGCUGUCGGAGACCUGCUGGAUCUGAUCCCGGCCUUGGUCCCCACCCCUACUAAACCGGCAGACUUAAAACUUCCGGGGAUGGGACACUGCUCGGCACUCAUAAAGAUGCUCCCAGGCUUUGAGAACCUCCUCUUUGCUCACUCCAGCUGGUACACAUACGCAGCCACCAUGCGGAUCUACAAACAUUGGGAUUUCCACAUUGCUGACCCCAACACAGCCACUGGCAAACUAUCCUUCAGCAGCUACCCUGGAUUUCUGGUGUCCCUGGAUGACUUCUACCUCUUGGGAAGUGGUCUCAUGAUGACCCAGACCACCAACAAUGUCUUCAACACAUCCCUCUUUAAAUUCGUCAGCCCCAAAAGCCUGCUGGCCUGGCAGAGGGUUCGACUUGCUCACAGUUUGGCUCAUACAGGAGAGGAGUGGGCCAACAUCUUCUCUCAGUACAACUCCGGUACAUAUAACAACCAGUACAUGGUGUUAGACCGAAGCAAAGUGAAGCUGGGCCACAGUAUUAGUGAUGGUGCUCUGACUGUGGUGGAGCAAAUUCCUGGGCUGGUGGAGCAUUCUGACCAGACACAAGCACUGCGCAGAGGUUACUGGCCGUCCUACAACGUCCCCUUCCACCAGAACAUCUACAACUUGAGUGGGUAUGAGCUGAUGCAGCAGGAAUAUGGAGAAGACUUCUCUUAUGACCUCUGCUCAAGAGCGAAGAUCUUCCGCCGAGACCAAGCUAAUGUCAAGGACCUGGACUCUUUAAAGUACAUCAUGAGAUUCAAUGACUACAAGAAUGACCCAUAUUCUAAAGGUGACCCUUGCAAGUCCAUUUGUUGUCGUAACGACCUGAAGACCAAAGAGCCUUCACCGAGCGGAUGCUAUGACACUAAGGUCACAGAUUUCCAAAUGGCGGGAGAGUUCAGUGCAGAAGCAGUGAACGGGCCGACGACACAAGAUGGACUCCCGCCGUUCGUGUGGGAUAAUUUCACCAACAUCAGCCACCAGGGUCUGCCACAGUACUACAAUUUCACCUUUGUCACUAUGAAGCCCCGCCUCUUCCAGCCUUAACUAUUAUACAAGUAAGGAAACCUGGUGCUUUUAAAAGGCAUUUCAAAUGAAUGCGCCGAAUAGUAAUUAUGACUAUGAUUUUUUUUUUAAAAAGACGAUACAACUUAAUGCAAUGGUUGUUAUUCAAUAAAAUUAUACGAUGAAAGAUUGUACAAUACUUGUUCGGAUUUAACUUUUCUUAUGGAGACACAACCUGCACCUUGUUUCUGUUUCCUAACACGUACAGUGAGUUUUUUCUUUUGAGUGAUUUGAGUUUUGCUCCUUUACUUCAAUGUGUCUCACAAUGCAAAUAUGUCUCAGGGUGAAGUUAAGUCUGGAUAUUUUAUGCCUUUAACUUUUUGCAUCUGUAAUGACAAUGCACUAAGACUCAGUCUAAGCCUUGCAUGUGCUCAAUCAUUGUUGUUUUCAUAAUGGAUGAUACCAUCCGUGAUCCCACGAUCAACUCUCAGGGCUUUGCUCGAUCAAUUUCUAAGCAUGUUUCAGGAUUGUGAAAUUUAAAAUACCACUGUCAGCUUUAGCUAUGAAGCAGUGAUGCACAUUUAUGGCAUUUGAUGAAUAAAGUUUUAAAGUUG